GAGAGAGAGAGAGAGAGAGAGAGAGAGAGAGAGAGAGAGAGAGUACGAGAGAGAAUUUGAGUUUAAGAAUUUUAUUGAAUUCAAAGAUGCAAGAAAAUAAAGGCGACUUAAUGGCACAGGGCCGUUUUACGUUUUAUUUUCAUUAUCGAAUUCUGUCUAUCUAUUAUUAGCAACCUUUGAAACGUAUGUGCGACUUUGUACCACUUUGGCAAAUUGUAAAUAAUUUAAAAGGAGUUAGUCGAAUUUGAUAUAAAAAUUUCAGAUUAAACAGUGAAGAUAGAAACAGAGGAUGAUCUGAAAAAGAACGGGAAUAGGUCGAAGGAUUUCGAAAACGAUUUGGCCUUCUAAAAGUGAUCGAUACGUGGUUGCUCGAGGACCGUGUAAAGGGCCGAUAUCCGUGCCACUUGGAUCCCCUGUUUCCUCCUCUACACAUUUACAUGUUAGCAGCUUUGCUUCGUCGUCGUCGUUUGUAGGGAGAGCACGCAGUCGCAAAGUGAACGCGCAGCACCGUGCUCGUGAUCACCAGGCCAACCUAUGUAGGAGUUCGAUUUUGACGUUCGUAGAAUCGACUACUCCGUGCUCUCGUUAUAUACUGUCACUUUAAUUUUCCCUCGUCUUUCAAUCCAACACAUAGUUAGCUAACUGUCUAUUUUGUGCAUCCUCGUGCUCUUUCCUUUUCUACGCGUCUGCGUUCGCACGUUGUUUAUUCACGUCCUAUGCGAUCCAAUGUCCUUCGGGAAAUAAAUAUCGAGAGGUCGUUUUAUUAGAGUCAGUUGUUGGAUCUUGUUAUUGAAGUGGUAGAAAAAAAAGAAAGAGAAAGAAAGAAAAUGGAGAAAUUGAGAUCGUUGAAAUCAAGGAUUACAAAGAAAACGAUGAUACGUUGUUUUAAAAUUUGCCCUAUUAGAAGAUCGAUAUCGUUUUAUCGAACUACGGUUAACGUCGAGUAGGGAGGAGGGAAUAAAAAAAGAAAAAAAGAAAAGUCGAGCCUCUCUCUUCUCUUUCUCGGGAAGAGCCCUUCGACGACCGCAAUGCGCGCGCGGUGAAUCGACGACGGACACUCUGUUGUUCUACAUCCCGAAUCAUUGUGAAAUACUGUUACCAUCUUAAAGCGUAUAAUAUGGUAACUAUGAGCUCCGAAAAGUCGGCCUCCCGCCGAAAGCCAAUAGAGAAUAAUGAUACGAGAGAAUCAUCGGAUCAAACUGGAGACAGGGAAGAGAAUGAUCGAAUCGAGGAGAAUGUUGAGAAACAAAAUACACCCACGCAUCGUGUCACUGCCUGUUGCGCUGAAGAUACUCCAAAUUAUCUCGUCUAUAAAAAGAUGGAAUCUCUGGUAGAAAAAAUGUUGGAAGAAGCUACAGGUGUCCCUGUAAGAACAGUGAAAAGUUUCAUGACGAAAACUCCAUCCGUCUUUACAGGUUCCGAUUUGAUAUCGUGGAUGAUGAAAACUAUGGAUAUUGAUGAUCAAGAGGCUCUUCACGUGGCACAUCUCAUGUCAUCUCAUGGUUACUUCUUUCCCAUUGAUGAUCAUUGCCUUACCGUUAAAAACGAUAACACAUUCUAUAGAUUUCAAACCCCUUAUUUUUGGCCAUCGAAUUCUUGGGAACCAGAGAAUACCGAUUACGCCGUUUAUCUAUGCAAAAGAACGAUGCAAAAUAAAACUCGUCUCGAAUUGGCUGAUUACGAGGCUGAGAAUCUAGCUAGAUUGCAGAAAAUGUUCUCUCGAAAGUGGGAGUUCAUUUUUAUGCAGGCGGAAGCACAGAGCAAAGUCGAUAAAAAGAGGGAUAAACUGGAAAGGAAAGUGUUGGACAGUCAAGAGAGAGCCUUCUGGGACGUACAUCGGCCAAUGCCUGGCUGUGUAAAUACAACAGAACUCGAUAUCAAGAAAGCAUGUCGCAGUCAAAAACCAAUCUUGAGAUCUAGUAAACAUCUGAAACUUGGGAUUGCUGGUGGAAGGAUUUCUCCUCAUUCGGAAUCUUAUAUAGUGUUUACGAUAGAAUCGUUGCAAAAGGAAAUUGAUAUGUUGAAAGAUAGAUUGGAUAGGAGAAAUAUCAAAGUAUCUAAAGUUGCGGAAGCUCUUAUCGGAUACUUCGAACAGUAUGCCGAAUAUGAUCCAUUUUUUACUCAACCUGAAUUUACAAAUCCAUGGGUAUCGGAUAGUUCAGAAAUGUGGGAGCAAGAGAAAAUAGCGAAAGAAGUAUCUACGAGAAGAGUGAAGAGAUGGGCGUUUGGUCUUCAGGAAUUAUUGCAAGAUCCGGUCGGUAGAGAACAAUUUAUACGAUUUUUGGAGAAAGAAUUUAGCAGUGAAAAUCUCAAAUUUUGGGAGACCGUACAGGAAUUGAAAACUUUCUCGCAGAAAGAUGUUAACGUUAAGGUUGGAGAAAUUUGGAAUGAAUUUUUGGGUCCAGAUGCGAGCUGUCCAAUUAACGUCGAUUCUAGAUCCUUCGAAAUAACGAAAAAAAAUUUGGAAAAACCUGAUCGUUGGUGCUUCGAUAUCGCUGCGGCUCAUGUUUACCAUCUCAUGAAGAGCGAUAGUUAUUCGAGAUAUCUUCGUUCUGAGAUGUACAAAGACUUCCUUAAUGGUUCGAAGAAGAAGACGUCGGUGAAAGGUAUCCGAUCAAUCGUAUCUUUCACUGGGCGCAGAGAUACGGCAACUUCGUAAUCUCUCCUGAUCUUUGAAAAUGUCACAUAGAAAAUGGGAAAAGUGCAGAUAUCAUUUCUAAUUAUUAAUCACGUAAGUUAACAAAUUUAAGAUUUUUGAGAUAAUGUCAUUUAAUUCAAUCGAUAUAGGAACUUUCGAUUUACGCGCGUACGUGAUAUGUUCCUCGAUAAACGUUCAAUAACAUCGGAAUAUAUCUAUAAAAAAUCAACUUGAUGAUUAAAGAAGCAUAAUUGUUUAAAUUACGUAUUGUAAUAAUUAUGCUCUUAUGAAAAGACUUAACACAGAGAAACAGAACUAUAUGUUUAAAAGUAUUCGUCAUACAGCUAUUUUCGUAUCACUCUAUUUAUUAAUUGGAUAUAUGGUUUCCACAAUAUACAAAAUGUAUCUGUAGAUAAUGUAUGUAAAAUAUAAAAGAUAUAGAUUGUUUUUAAGCUUGUAGAAAGCAAUAAGAUAUAUCGUAAGAAAUACUGGUAGACAUAGUGUAAUGAAGUGAGUCAUAAAAUAGUACAACAAGUAUCAAAUGUACAGUAGUUAUAUGCUUCCUAGGAUGAUAUUAUAUUAAUCUUCGUUAUCGUAAUGAUCCUGCGUAAUACAACAGAUUCAACAACUUUCAUUUUUAAAAGUCUGUCAUUAAAAGAAAAAAAAAACAUCUUCAUAUUACGAUUAUGCAGCUUUGUAAGGCUGUGAAGAGUACCAAUAAUAUGUGUUUUUUCUAUUUUGUAGUAAAUCUUCAUUCAACAAUUUGAUUUUAGCGACGUCAGAAAUGUAAUCAAAAGGAUCCAAUGCUAUGAAGUAGUAAGUACCGACAAUGAUCAGACUGGCAUUUACUAGGCCCAAUAGAAACAGGUGGCAAUAAUCAAAUGUGCCGAAUAUGGUUUUCUACUUAGUAGUAUACACUUUCGUUGACAAAUCGUCGUUGAUAAAACUGUUUGAAAUGUCAACUAAUGUUCUAUAAUUAUUAUAUAUGUAUAAUACGUACAACUUUUCUGCGUCGUGUAAAUGGACUUAAAAAUGGACAUAAGUGAAAAGAGUUAAUGUUUGAGGUAGACAGCAUAUAUAAGACUCACAGAUGUGUA